GAAGUGAGGUACAACACUGGCACAAAAAACCAGGCCCACUGGGCUUGUCUUCAGUCGGCGGCGGCUGUCUGAAAUGAACCCUACCACACCAACUUUCCAUAGAUUUACUCCCCACUGUCACUAUAAAUACGACUGUACACAGAGCUAUCAGUAUUCUAUACCUGCACCGCUGUCGAAUUCUGACAUCAUGAAAUUUGUUGUGCGGAUCUAUCUAUCAAUUUUCGAAAAUCUCCACCGCCCACCGCCUCCCCCUGAACCUCCGCCGCCUCGUUAUUUUUUUUUGAAUUAACGGUGAUGGUCUACAGAAUUAAACAAACAAGGGGAGAUCUCCACCGCACACAGCCUCCUCCCGAACCGCCGCCGGAUUUUUCGCAUUAACGUCUAUCUAUCCGUAAAUACAGGAUUGAACAAAUCGAUCGGAGAUCUCCACCGCCCACAGCUCCUCCUGAACCUCCGCCGGGUCCAUUGCAUUAACGUCAUUCUAUUUCGCAAAUAAUUUUUUUCGAUCGAAAAGAAAAAAAUGGGCGAUGGUCUGCAGGAUUGAACAGAUCGUCCAAGAUCUCCACUGCCCACAGCCUCCUACCGAACCUCUGCCGGGUUUUUCGCAUUAACGUCAUUCUUGGUCGAAUGCAGCAGUUUUGCCACACCUCCGACUUCCACCAUGUCUAUGCUUGUAAUACACUGCUAUGAACUUGCGUCUCGAGGCCUAAGAUCCAAGGAAACGAAAAACAGCGGUACAUCGAAGCUUGUUGCAUCCAUAACGUGGAUUUUUCACCAAGGAGGUCCUUUGUGCAGUGAAAUUGAGUAAAUCUUUGUUAGAUUUUUUUGGCUGCUAAGUGAUUCAAGUCUAAAUGGAGGCCCAUGGAAAAGUUGGAAGCCCGAUAAAUGAAGAGCCCGUCUCAAUUAAUCAUUCCGUCCAUGGAGAUCAUCCGCAUUUCGGAGAUCUUCUUGAGGCAUGGAUCUUCGUGUCGCGUUUCCAGGAGGUAUUAGGUAUGAGAAAAGGUCUCUCUUUGAAAGAAUUUAUCGCAGAACUGGAUGGACCAUCAUUCGAUGGUUUACUCGAAGCUCACGUCUUAAUGCUGCAAGCCCUAUUAAGAGAGUUCCCCCAAAAAAUGGGGCAAAUUAAAAACGUGGAAAAAAGAACCGAGAUUAAUUUCCCUCCAGUGAAUAAAUUUACAUGGCGAGAAUUGGCUAGGAGGUAUGCUUUAGCCAUGUCAUUUUUGAAAGGGGAGCUCGGCUCAUUGGAGGUUUGUGAUGGCAUUGACGUACUUUUGAACUUAUGUGGCGAUGUUACACCACAAAGUGGCCCGUUAACUGGAGUUGCUGGAUUAGAAGCCGAUGCAGAGUUUCUUGCAGCAGCAUCGAACAGAAUUUAUAGCUCUCUCUACGACGAUGGUGAAGCGUCUGAAGACGCCACGGUGAAUGCAGAAAUUCCAGGGUGGGUUCAAGAGUUGGAACCCGUAAAAAGUUUGAAGACAAAUGUGGGGUCCAGAAUAAGAAAUUGUAUCAUAAAGUCAUUGGACAAGGAUCCACCCGAGUGGGCGAGAGAAUGCUUGGUUCGUUCGAUCAGCAAAGAAGUUUACAAGGCCAAUGCUUCUGGCCCCACUAAGAAACUAGCUCUGGAAGUUGCUUCAACCUUCCACUCUAUGCAACAAAAUCCUUCCGUUGGGAGAACCACCAGAAAGAACUUCAAACCUAUGUGGGACAUUGUAAUGAAACAAUGUCGGAUAGUGUUGCGUAAAUCGGCCACAGGGAAACAAACUAGAAAGCUACGCAGGUUGCUUGGAUAUAAAUCGGUGCUUUGUGGCAGUAACGAAGAAGGGCUUCUUGGUUCUCCGGCUAUGGUUUCAAGUCUUUUCUAUUUAAGGAUGAUUGAUUUAAGAUUGGCUGCCGGUGCUUACGGAUCACAUGAAGCUUUUUUCGACGAUGUAGAAGAGUUCUGGAAAGAGGUGCAGAAUGCUUUCUGCAGUAACCCGAAUCUGGUUCAGCUCGCCGAAGCAUCAUACCACGCAUUUGAUUCUUUAUAUUUAAAAGAGGUUCUUCCUCUGCAGCAGAAAUUAGAAAAUUCUAAUGAGGAUAUUGAUGAUCUGGAUGCUGUUGCGAAUGAAAUUCCUAAAGCACCUUGGGAUAAAGGGAUAUGCAAGGUUUGUGGCAUUGAUGAGGAGGAUAACAAGGUCCUACUUUGCGAUCAAUGUGAUGCAGAGUAUCACACAUAUUGUUUGAAUCCGCCUCUUGCCGGUGUGCCUCGAGGAAGUUGGCACUGCCUUAAUUGUGUCGCAGCAGACGCGAAUGUUGUUCAAGAUGCUCUUUCCAGCGAAGCAUCGGCUGGUUUAAAGCCAGAGGAACAAAAGAGCGACUUCUUAUAUCCCGUCCAAUAUAAAGCUGCUGAUGUGGUAGAUGUGAUGCGAGAAAAAGAGUACUCGGAGUUAACUUCGGAUGAGAGAAUCCUCUUUCUGAAUUUCUUUUGCAAUGAGAUGUUGGACUCGGAUCUCAUUCGGGAACAUUUGAAGAAAUGCGAACUCUAUUCAAGCCAACACCCAAUUGAGAGUGGCCUAGCAAUGCACACAACAAUCGAGAGUGCCUCGUUUAAAAAUUCACUGAGGAGUGAGUUUUUGGGCAUCGAUUAUGCUGGAACACUGUACUGGAUGAUAGAUUCAGACACCGGUACUUGGGUGAUUGUCAAUAGAGUUGAUGAGCUAUAUCAAGAUAGCAAAAAUUCAAAAGUUGCCGAAAAUUUGAAGACAAGUAGAAUUGAACAACUUUGGAGCAUUGGAGGAUCGAAGGCAUAUUCUUCUUGGUCGUGCUACCAAUCAGAAGAUGAAAUCAAAGGAGUUGUCAAUUCCUUGAGAGAUGAUGACCGAGUUAAAGGACAACUAGAGAAGGCUCUUCUGCUAAUUAGAUCAAAAAUUAAUAUUUCGCCGGAUGAGUUUAAAAUUGAAGGCGAAGAGCCUCAACCUCUUGUUCAAAAUGAAGGUCAAAAUUUUAUGACAAGGAUGACUACUAUACUGAAGGGCAAGUGUAAUUAUGCUUCUUCAGUUGAGGCAGAGACAAGCGAGAUGAAGAUGAAACGGAUAAAGGGCAAAAUGAUUGUUGAGGACACGGAGGAAGUUGACCCUAACUCUGUACAACCGUUGAUAGACAAAACGGCUGAACAUUUAGGGCAACUUAAAAUCAACCUUCUUGAUAUGGAAGCUGCGAUUCCUAAGAAGGCGUUGCGGUCGUCCAAAGCGUGCUUUUAUAGGAGGCAUGCCUGGCGUGUGUUUGUAAAGCGUUCAAACACUAUAUUCGAGAUGGUUCAGGCACUAAUCGUAUUUGAAGAUAUGAUUAAGCUGAGUUAUUUAGAUUGCUCAUGGAGGUAUUGGUCUUCACUCCCAACCGCUGCCCAAAUAUCCACCUUAUCUGCUCUUUCUUUGCGAAUAUACUCCUUAGACUCCGCUAUCAAGUAUGAGAAUUCUUCUUCUGGCCCAUCAAAACCAGUCUUGAGAGAAUCCGAGUACGGUGAAACAAGCAAGAAAAGGAAAAGAGGGUUCUUGUGAAACAAAGCUACUCAGUAGCCACUCGGCGCUUAUGUUUGCAUUCUGAUCUUCUGUAAUUGUUUCAUAAUUGUUUCAUAAGUGAUUGUUGAAUAUUGGAGGUUUAUCUUUUUUUUGGAUGUAAUGAUUGCCCAAUUUAUUGAAUUAAAAUUUUAUAUAUUAAGAAUAUUUAUA